AUGAUUGAUUCUGAGGAUCGCCUCCCACCUGGUAUGGUUGGAGCUAUUCCCAUAUGCUUGGUACGUAUUCAACGGAGCUGUGGCCAUACCAACAUCCGAUAUUGACUAACCGGCCACGUUUCGAUCCAUAAUGAACUAUGUACAUAUAGUUUUCAUUUGGCUGGACAUCAACCUCCAGCAUUCAUUAGAUCAUCCCCAUAAUUAUGUCGUCGUCCUUCGCCGUCGGAGCAUUUCUUCUGUUUUACUCGGUGCUCAAUUUCCUGGUAAGUAUAAAGUACCGCUUCCCUAGGUCAUAUAGAUGCGUACCCCGCCUCGGUACUUGCAGGGAGUCGUUCCGUUCCUGUCUGAGUGGAACUUUUCCAUGUAUGCUAAUUUCGCUCAUCCAGUGCACUUCUGCCCGGCCCCGCCGAACUCUUCAUCUUAUCUCCACUCUUCCCCAUCGUGUUUUCCAGGCCAAUGUUCAUCAAUUUGCAAAAAAAAAAAAAUCGGCCCUUCAGGGUUCCCUGUCCCCUGGGGAUGUAUGCUUUGUGGGUUAUAUCGCAUUGCCGCUCCGUUGAUGGCGUUUGCAGACGGGCGUCGUCGAGAUGUCUUGAUCUAUUUGAUCUAUAACUAACAAUAAAUCUUCGCGCAGUGG